AUGGACUCGGGUGCCCCAGGCAUGGCACGAGCGGGAACUGCGCCGGUAGGGGGAGAGCAUCCGCUGGAGCGGAAGAAAGGGCCCGUCGCGGCGCCCCAUUUGCGGCCUGACCGCCGGCGCACUAUGAGCUGGGACGGCAGCCACGAUCCUCUGGCUGCCGGCCGGCUAGACCCGUCUGUUCUGGCUGGAGCUGUGGUGUACGAUCGAGCAGCGUCCCCGGUGGCGGGAUCAGGCCCGCAAACAGGCCGGGAACCGGGCCCGUCGUCCAGCGGGGCUGGCUCGUUAGCAGCACGCAGACAGCGCAGGCUGUCCCCGUUACAAGCCUCAGGCAAGCUCACCCGUCCGCUUGUCAAUCCUGAAGCCGUGGCCUCCCCGCAGCUGCCACCGCGGGCAGGAGGGGUGACAUCAGGGGCGGGAGUUCGGGUUUCCGCGCGGGAAGGGGCGGGCGGCGGGCUGUGGUCGCCUCAGGAGCAGGCAAGCGGGGGCCAUGGCAGGGGGCCCAGUGGCGGGGCGGCGGCAGGGGGGAGCGCCGCAGCUGAAAUGCAGGCGAUGGAUCGAGGGUCAGCAGAGCAGCGGGUGGAAGCGGUGGUGCAGCUGAGAGCAGCAGUGAAGGAGAGCUGUGAGAACAGGCAGCGGCUGCUGGAGCGAGAAGACGGGGUGCCCAUCCUUCUUGACUUUCUCGAUGAGGCCGUUGCUGCUCUGGGCGGAGGGGGAGGGAGGGCGGCAGGGCGGGAGGGGCGGGGGCGGGGAGUGAUGGAUCCUGCACUGGUGGUGGACUGUGCAGUGGCUGUGGUGCUACAGCUGUGCCAGUCGCACGAUGGCGCUGCCGAGUUCAUUGACGUGGGCGGCGUGCCGACCCUCGUGGAUGUGCUCUCUCACACUGGGCCAGCCAGCAAGGCAGGAGCAGGAGCGUCAGCAGGAGUUGCAUCAGGCAUUUCGAGCAUGGUGAAGGGGAAUGCAGCUGCGGCGCUGUUUGCGCUUUCCUCGUGGGACGAUGUGAUGGAUGAAUCUGUGAAUGCGAGCAGGAAUGGCAACGGGGCUGGCCCGAGCAGGAACAUCCACAAGACAAAGAUUCAAGCUGCCGGGGCCAUUCCCUCGCUUGUCCGUUUGCUCACGAAUGAGACUGCGCGGUGCAGAAAGGAUGCAGGGCUUGCCCUCUUCUCCCUCUCACAGGACCUGUCGUGUGCGAAUGAGAUCGUGAGGGAAGGCGCUGUGAGCAUUCUAGUGGAUCUUCUGGGGGAUAAAAGGCCAGGGGUUGAGGAGAAGGCCAUGGCUGUGUUGGCCAAUCUUGCGAGGACACGUGGCGGGCAAGAGGCGCUGUUGGCAGUGGAAGGGACGCUUGUGAUAUCGGAUGUGCUGGAGAGUGAGUCUGAGAGGGCAAGGGAGGAGGCGCUGUGGACGCUGCACCAUCUGGUUACCACAGGGGUUGUGGCGCCUGCGGUGCUGCUGAAUGAUGGAGCGCUGUUCCCGAUUGCAAAGCUGGCUUGCAAGAAAGGGGCUCUUGCGGAGGCAAAGGAGUUGCACCGGAUUUUGAUGACUGCGAGAAAAGGUGGUGGUGAAAAAUGA